AAGUCUCAGUUGUUGAAUAUUGUUAUGUUCAUGCAAAUAUUUACACAUGUUAAAUUUGCUGAAUAUUUCGUAAAUUUGCUCUGGCCAUCUUCUCCGUUUUCAGAGCGCUCUCAUCUCAGUGUGCCUAGAGCGCAGAAUAACUGACCAAUUUACGAACGCCCUACAGCAUUGAAUAUUGCCGGUGUAAUUAAGCGUGAUUAAAGUGUUGCCAGCAGCACAGUUACAGUCACCAAUGCUUUGGAUAACAUGGAAAAAAUGGUCAGUGAGGUGUUCUCUCAUUUUUGUCUGAAAGUAGCUCGCAAGCUAGCUAACUUUAUCCAGUUAGCUUGGGUGCUUGACUGCCAUUGUGAGGCCAGAAGGCUCGGAUCACCAACUCCUCCGCCAGAGCGUCCAGUGUGUGCUCUGAAUGCUCCGAGAGCGAAACGCUCUGAAUUUACGAACUGACAAUCUGACAACUCUUCGAAUUUACGAACGCCCAUGGCGCGCUCUCUGGCUCUCCAGAGUGAAUUUACGAACACACCCCUAGCUUUACACUCACAAUGUCCGCCAGUCCACCCAUUAUGUCAUCAUUGACUUGAUGGGGACGCCCGUUUUAUUAAUUCUAUUUCUAUGGCAGCGCAUGCAGUCAGGAGCAGCGGAGAGUAGAACAUGUGUGUAUUUUAUUUUGCUAUGUGAACAGUUGUUACGGUGACCUCAGUCAUUUAACUGGCCAAUAACCGUCAUCCAAAACUCCAUGACUGUCACAGCCCUACCCGCAGCCCUCUGGCAUGCUCGGUGUGUUGGAGCUAGCAUUAGCAGCGUGGUGGAGGGCACCAAUGUGAGUGGUGUGAUCCCUCGUGAACUUUACACCAGUUACAGUGACCUGACUGUGUUGGUCAAAGCUGCGAACCAGCAUGGCUCUGCCACGUCUACAAUGGCUGCCUUCAACACUGGAGAUAUCAAAAAGCCACCCACCCCUGAAAUCACUCACCAUUGCCCUCAGCCUUUGGAGAUCUACUGGAUUGUGCAGUGUGAGGAUCAAGGCAGCUCUGACCAACUCUGUGAGGUCCAGUAUCGCCCCCAGGACCAGCAGGGCUGGACUCAGGAAGAGGACAUCCUACGCAGCUUCCUACUCCUGACUCCACGGCCCUACACUGUUUAUGAGUUCCAGGUGCGCUGUGCCUGUGAGGGCCCUCAGGCCCUGAUGAGUGACUGGAGCUCAGUCUACAAAGCAUGGAGUUCUGAGUCAGCGCCUGUGAAAGCAUUGGAUGUGUGGAGUGACUGUGGAGUCACCUCUGAGCUUUCUCAAUGUGCCCUUAUGUGGAAGGAGAUGCCCACCUGGUUGGCUCAGGGGAAGGUGCUGGGGUACGUGGUAACAUUAUCAUACAGUAACGGGACAGUGGCAGUUGUGAACGUGUCCAUGUCAAAGCCUGGUGGCCUUUGUGUCUGUCAAGAGAAGAGAUGCCGCUUCACACCCUCUCUGUGGGGUGUAUCAUCGGUGGAUGUGUCCGUCUACAAUUCCCAGGGUGCCAGCAAACCUGCUCCCCUAGCUCUACCCACAUCAGGUCUACAGGUGCCAGAGCUAUCCUUCACUGUGAACCAGGAUAUAUUGAGCCUCAAUGUAUCCUGGUCCCUGCCACCCCAGCCCAUUGAAAACAUGCAUGAGUAUGUGGUGCAGUACAAGCAGGUGGGACUUCCUCCGACACAGGGCUUUGAUUGGAUUAUAGUGCACCAAAAUCAUACGUCAGUCAUUUUAAGAGGUGGUUUUGAGAACCACACUGCCUACAAUGUGUCAUUGUUUGCAGUGUUCAUCAACAGUAGCUGCCUGCUUGCGUCUGCAAUCUCGUAUUCUCUUCAUGGACUCCCACCCAAAGUGACUGAGUUCAAGGUUCAGCACAUCUCUGACUCUCAAGUGACUUUGUCCUGGCAACACAUCUCCCUGACCCAGAGUAAGGGGCUCAUACUGUGCUAUCAGCUGGUAUUAAACAACGUUACAGUGUACAACGUGAGUAGGGACCAGAACAGCCUCCAUCUGUCAGGACUUACAUCUGGUCACCACCAGGUUUGGAUCAGGGCUGAGACUAAGGCUGGACUGGGACCCAGUGAAACCAUCAACUUCUCUACUGAGAACAGCCAUGGUUUCCUCAAAUAUCUGGUGCCAGGAAUAAUAGCAGGGAUGUUGCUAUUGAUCAUCAUAAUUGUACAAAUGAAGAAUUGUGCGAAAGUGCCUGACCCCAGCAACAGCAAACUGCUCCAACAGAUGAAGUUGCAGUUUAACAGCUCCUUGACGGCGAUCUUCUCUCCUCUGGAGUCUAACCCAAAGAUCUCUGAGCUGGAGGUGGUGGAAAACCCUUUCUGGGAUGCCAAUGCCUGUCCUAGGAAAAGGUCCAGCCCUGAUGGACAGACAGAGGGGGUGGUGGGAGAGGAGCGCACCCACAUAAGGACUGAUGAAGAGGCGGAAAAGGAGGAGGAUGCUGACGAGGGUUACAGUAAAAUUAUUGAUACUGACGAGGAGGAGAGGGAUGGGGGAGAGUCCGGGAGCUUGUUGGAGGACGAUCAGUUUGUUUCGGACUAUGAGAAGCAUUUCAUGCCUGUGGUUGUAUGACCCUACUGUCUGUCUGGUGUGGUGCUACUGAACAACUCUUUUGGUGUGUGUGUAUAUGUUCUCCUCAUUGCAACGACAAGACAGCCAUUGUUCAGUCGGAACCCCAAGGGCCAAACAGGUCAAUUGUGGGCUAUUGUGCUUGUUGAUCUAGAUGCAGAUCACUGAUUCAUGGGAAAGGGUUGCCCUAAAAACAACACGAGUGUUGAAAUACGCCACUCGUCUUGUUUUCAAGAAAAGGAAAAGGGAUGUAGUCGACCGUUUGUUUUCCAUGCUCCAACUACAAGGAAUGUUGUUUAGGAACAGUAAACAUUUUUAUACAGCAAAUGUAUACCUGUGUGAAAAGCCACGUUGCCUACGGUGCCCUCUUUAGAUAUAGCAAGCACCAACUCUCUCUCACCACCUCUCUCUUCCCCCUACACCCAGGCUCUUUUAUCUCAGGUUUAUCUCAGACUCCACCCCCCCCCGCCCCCCCCUUGGCCAUGCAGUAUAGAGAGUGGGUUCACAGUAGAACAAAGGAACUUCUUCUACCUCACAGAACUUGAGAACUGAACAAUAUCCAUGUUUUGGAGAAUGUGUAAACGGUCGGUGGAGAAUCCAGCUACGACCGGUCCAUUUUGUCUAAUGUUUGUGACCUCAUGAGAGACAAUACAGCCACAUUACCAUAACUCUGUUUAAACAAGAGUCUCUGUUAUGAGUUUUGCAUCUAAUUAUUGUAUAAAAUGAAGGAGUAAAAAUUCAACUAUUUGUGAAAUUA